AUCACAGUCACACAUUCACCAAGAGCAGCAGCAGAGUACAGAGGUGAAGGACCACCUAACUUUCCAGAAAGUAAACACAAUGAAAACCGGCCAAAUGCGACUCUGGGUUUUCAUUUAUCUAAAGUGUUUCCUUACUGGCAAGUUAGUUGAUUCUUCAGCUCUGCCCUCCGGUGCCCACCCGGUGCCCGUCAUGUCCAUGGUGGGGAGCGAGGUGGUCCUUCCCUGCAGCUGGAAGGGCUCCCAGGAAGAGGUGACCCCGUCUGCCUGCCACAUCCAGUGGAUGUCUCCGCCACACACCGUGUUCGAGCAGCUCGGAGACGAAAAGUGGCAGGCAGCGGGAUUUAAGGGCAGAGUGGAGGUACCCCAGGAGAAACUCGGCUCCGGGGACUGCUCCCUUAUCAUCAAGGAUGUUCAGAUCGGAGACACGGGGAGAUACGAGAGCUUCAUAGUGGUGGACGGAGUGAGGUCCAUAAAAAGCCGGGUCCUCAUUCAGAGUGUCAAACUGUCUGUCACUGACCACAAAUCCACGAAGUCUCAUAAACCAGGUGAUGACCUGGUUUUGGAUCUCUACACCUCCCACUCACUUGCCGUGGUCUUCCAGAGCAGGAAUAGCUCAGAGUGGGUGACCCUGUGGAACCGGGGGGAUGGAAACAAUGAACGCCUGAUAAAACAUCCUCAGCUUGAGCUGUUAACAAUAAAGAACCUGCAGUGCUCAGACGAAGGAAUAUACAAAGUUUUGGAUGAGGAGGACCUCUCCGUCAGCACCGUUCAGCUCUACGUAGAUGAAAAGUCCUCGUCUUUCAGACUGUUUCAAGGGCUGGACAAUACUCCAAUAGACGCUGCUGCUACAAGCAGCUGCUCAGCUCUUCUCCUCUUGUCUGUUCUGCUCUCAUGUUUCCAAAUUCCUCAUCUUCACUGAGACACAUUUUUCUACAAAGCAACUGCCUAAACAAUUUCUACAGAACAUCCAACAUUUUGCACCUUAUGACGAGCAGACAGAGCGGUUUCGAACAUUCGGCCCCCGUCUGUGUACGUGCUAAACAGACGGGUCAAAACUGGAGAGCAACAGCAGAAGUUUGUAGCUUUAUCAACUACCCUGGGCGUGAUUGGUUCCUGAGUGCUGAUAGUCUGAGUGAAUAUUAAAAAUGUUAUGUUAAAUUGAUGGUUUGCUAAUGUGUUCAAGAUUUCCUACAAGUCAUUUAAAAGAACAGCCAAUGAUUUCCUGAUGGAUGAAAAAUAUUCCUUCAUUAUGACAGUCGCUUUAGCUGUUUAAUUCAUUAUACAGUUGACAGUUUCUACAAAAAAGCUGCAGGACAGCUGCGCUAAAAUCUGUGUCACAACUGCCCAUUAGAUUGUAAAGAUGAAGCCUGGAGAGUAAUCCCUUAGUUAAUUUUGAUGUGUUAAAACAGAUGCCUAACCUCUAAAACACAUUUGUCCUGCAGCUUUGAUAUUAGUCGAUGACCAGUGGAAGCGUCUGUUCAAAGUGUUUCACUAUCCAUCAGCAGAAAAGUUGUCUAUGUCUUCGAACUAAUCUUUAACUCAUUUGCAAAUGAUUCAUUUAAAAAGUUUCAUAGUUACAGUGUUUUAUGAGCCACUGCUUGUAAGUUGUCUAAGUAAAAUUGUUCUUAGUUUAUAUGGCACGUAGAAAUACAGGGAGCUCUUUGUGUCUACAUAUUUAAUCUUUGCCUAUAUAUGGCUGUUAAAAAGGUGUUUUGGCUUUUUUUUUGCUUCCCUAAGCUCUUUGUAAUCAAAAAUGCUUCAAUUGUGAUUAAUCUAGGCAAAAAGCAUAACUACUUUUCCGUUUUGUGAAAAACUGUAGUCACAACAGAGAUUCAUAGGGAACAUUUGGACAUUUUGAAGUGUGGUUUUGUUACAAGGUUAUAAGCAGUUAAUAUCUCACCCAAGGCUAAUGAGUUAUCUUCCGUUAAUAAAAGCAAAGACUAGGUCGUCUGAAGUUAUCGACUAGUCUGAGAGGAGCCGAGAAAAAUAUUGUCUUCUAUGGCCUUAAACAGGAGUGACAGAAAAGUCAGCGGUUUAUGUGAACGUUAGCUUAUGAACCUUUCAAUCAUCAGCAUGUUUGCACAUCGAAUGGUUCCUCGCAUAGAAGCUUAUUUACAGAGGAAAUGGAAGCUGGAGGCAGCGCGUCACCAAUGUUCCUCCCUGUGAAACGUUCUGAGAACAGAGAGCGUUUGUUCUGCUGGAGAAACUUCACGACAGAAAAACACUGAAGUGGGGGGAAAAAAGCUAAAACAGUCUUUUGUUUUAUAGCUUUUUUUUCUUAAACACAUCAUUGCUUUCCUGUCUUGAAGAUCUGGUCCUUAACGGUUCCGUUCUCAGCACGUUUCCCAUUGGAAGAUGACUGGUGGCGCACCACCUCCUCCCACCGUUUCCUGUGUAAAUAAUCUUCGUCUUUCGUAUAAACUGCAAAUAUAAGAAUGGUUUAAUGCAGUGGUCCCAAACUCGAAUCCUCGAGGAUGGGUGUCCUGCAACCUUUAGAUGCGUCCCUUGUCCUACACACCUGAAUCAAAUGGCUACACUGCUUCACUAAGUAGCAUUCAGUCAGGCUCUGCUAAGAAGCUAAUAUUUGAGUCAGGUGGGUUGAAGCAGAGACACGUCUAAAAGUUGCGGGACACCAGGCCCCGAGGACUGGAGUUUGUGACCACUGGUAAAGGUUCAUGAAAUAACGUUUCUAUAAACCGCUAAGUGGAUUAAUGCAGCAGAAGUCCAUUUUGAUCUUGGCUCCUCCUGGACAAGCUGUUGGCUUCAGCCUCCAGGACAACUAAAAACUAAAAACAAAACUAAAAACACCAGCAGAGUUACAAACUGUGAUGAAAACAUUGACUGCUUAUAGCUUUUUAACAAAAUCUCACUUCAAAAAUGUCCGAACGCUCUAUUUAACAAUCUGACAUUAAACUGUGAAACUUGGUUUGACUUUACUGGGAAAAUGCAUGAAACCAGUUGUGUAAACUAAUAUAAAACAACCCCAAUGUUAUUAUUCAUUAAUUAACUGCAUUUAAACGUGUAGAUAAACAGCUAAAACAAAAGUGAUAAAAUCAGUUUCUAAAGGAAGAAACCAGAUCCAUGAUUUAGAAAUGUAAACAUUUUCAGUAUUUUAACAGCAAUGCAGUUUAAACAAUUUGUGACUGUAUUAAAAUAUUUUUUACGGGUUAAAAAGAAAAAUCAAACAAACAGGAUUGAACGGAUGGGUCCUGUACAACUUGCACGCCUCAUCCUGAACUAACUUUUUGACCUAAGGCUGAAUUAAUGUGAGAAAAAUAUCAAAAUAUUAAAAAAAUGGAAAAGUGGAAUCUGAGUAGUGACACGUUGCAAAAUUUUUUUGUUUUCUUGUAGAGGAUGUAUGUGUAGGGGAUGCAUCUGUUAUUUAAUUAAAAACGAAUAAAGAAAUACAAGAAAA